AUGGACACCGGGAGAGGUACCUCGGAGACUGCUAGUCAACAUCAUAAAACGCUUGACGAGAUCGUCGAAUCCUUGAGAGAAUUUACAAUGAGGUGCAAUGUUUUGCUAGAACCCUUGAUUGAAUUAACGGAUUUCCUCUCCACUCAACGGACGGCCACCUCAGCCACAACUCGGCCAGCUCUGACUGCCCUCCUGACCCGGAUAUUACUGGUCACACCCGUCUGGAUAUUCCUGACACUGCCACCGUUUUACCUAAUCACCACCCGCCGAGUUAUCAUUUCCGUGGGGACCGUCAUUUUGACUUGGCACUCCAAACCAGCACGCAUUUGCCGAGUUAUACUUUGGCGGUCAUUAACAGUUCGCCGAAUAUGCUCUAUCAUCACAGGACUUCAAUUCUCUACCAUUUUAUCUAAUAAUGACAAUCAGGACCCUAAAGUCUCGCCGGCAUUUUCUUUCUUGCCUUUUCACCCAUUCCGCUCUAAACCAAACCAACAUGGAGCAGAGAUAUGCACCAAAAGAAGGCGCGCCGAUUCACCCGGUGUGCGUUUCACAUUUAUCUUAUAUGAGAACCAGCGACGAUGGCUUGGCAUUGGAUGGACGACUUCGCUUUUCGCCUACGAGCGCGCUGCUUGGACUGAUGAACACUUGAAUCCGGCACCUUCUAAAGAUGAAUUUGAGCUCCCUGAAGUCCAAGGCGGCAACUCAAGGUGGCGUUGGGUUUCUGGCAGUGAAUGGCGCAUUGAUAGGGUGGAUCAAAGCAGCAAGAAGCCUAUCAAAAAUGGUAGAAACGAGGCGGGCGACGAUGGUGGCUGGAUAUACUAUGACAACAAGUAUACGAAUCCUAACUUCGAUGGCAGUGGAACGAUGGCCGUCGUGGCCAAGAUAACUGGAACCGGUAUACUAGACGUCGCAAGUGGUGCCGUGAUGCUGAACUCGUGGAGAUAA